UGUAUAUUCAAUUCUUAAGCAAAAAUCGAAGCUUUAUACAAAUUCUGGGUUUUCUUUUGUUGAUCUAUUCAUGGAUUUAACUACCAAUUCGAAGCUGUUGAGUGUACCACAGAUUUUGCACACAAGGUGUUCGACACAAUUCCCCAAUGCUCAAAACUGGGUCACGUGGCUCUCACGUUAUAAAAGCCAACUUCUUUUGAUGAUACAGUUCUGUUAUUUUCGUCGCAUUUUUUUUUUCACCCCGCUCUUCACAGUUUCUUCUCUCUGAAGCAAGAAAAGAAAACCCUAGAAAGCUUUUGAGGAUCGUGUACAAUGGAGUCUUCUUCUUCUUUCAAGGAUGGCAAACUCUUCAAAGAUGCUAGACAUCACAUCGCUAAAGGAGAGUACUUCAAGGCUAUGGAGAUACUUGAAGAUUUGAUUCAAGUCCAUUGGGAAGAUGAGAACGCAUGGCUCAUUCGUCUCAAACAAGGUCAAAUCUUCUUACAGCUAACGCACCAAACAAAGGACCCUAAUGUGAAAUUCACUUACAUUUUGGGAACUCUUGAGUGCUACACGGUAGAUGAUAGGUUAUCACCAGUCUGUGCGAAAUCAUUCCACGUAUUAGCCAACAUGCUUGGUUCAGUAUUGUAUCACAAGAAGUGUUUGAAGAAAGCAAAACAAGCUUUAUCUGUUUCCUUCCCAGAUGAAUCCGACUCUGUUGCUAAGCAGAUACGAUUGAAGGAAUCAAAGAAGGGAAUGUUGAGAAUAAUCGAAGAUGCAGAGUCCAAGAUCGCUUCUUCCAAGACUCUAGUAGUUGGUUCUAUUAUGAAGAUAAAAUCUGUACCAAAGCAUUUGGAGUCAAAGAAAAGUCCAGACCCACGUGAGGAUGAGUUUGAAGGGUUGAGGACGUAUUGGAUGGGAUUGGAUGUUAAGGUCAAAAGGGACUUUAUGAAAGUAAGCAUUGCAAAGCUUAUAAGAUUUGUCAAGGGAGCAGAACGUUACAAAGCGGGACUAGAUGCUUUGGAGAAAGCUCUUGCUUCUGCAAGGAGAGACAGGACAUGGACAUUCUGGAUGUGUUGUUGGAAACGUUUCUCUAGUGCUGAAGAAUGUAAGAAUCAUUUUGAACAAGAACAUGCUGCAGAUAUUAAACCUUCUACAGAAAAGGAUAGGGUUCAGAGAAUAGGGAAGGACUGGGCUCGUAAGAUUUCGAUUGGAGGUUGGAAACCAGUGGAUGCAGUAGCUGCUGUUGAAAUGAUCAAGAACCAGUUCGCAUAUGUGAAAUCGUUUACAGCUAAAUGUAAGAAUGGAUGGUCCGGAGAAUGGCCUUUAGCUGCGGAUGAAGAGCGUGGUAAAUUGCUCGAGGAAAUCAAAUUGAUCCUUGUCUUGCUUUGUGAGCAGAAAACAUUAUCUUGUAGCAUUCGUGACUGGCUGAUGCGUUUUCCGGUUAAGCAUCUUGGACAGUUUGAAAUUCCCAAACAGAGUCUUCUCGAUUCUCACCUAGUGGAAACACCUCAGAGUAUCUGUUUCCUGGAAUGUCAUGAACUCGGUCAAAUCCUAGACUUUCUGAAAAACGUAAAGUGCGAAAGGGAUGAUGGUACAAAUGUGGUUUCCAGUGCAGUAGACAGUUUCUUGGGUCAAACUCGGGUUAAAGAGAAGAUCGAUUUCGACCUUCAGCUUUCACAUCUGCUUCUGGAUAGAAGACUGCUGAAAAGCAAUAAUGCUCCAUUAAAUGAUGAUGGGACAAUCAAUGUUUUUGAUCCCAAUGUUCACUACGCCAAGGCACAUGCUCAGGGGGAUGAUAUCAUAUCUUGGCUAACUGACAACAAUUCAGUAGAUAGGCCCUUUCCCAGAUCUAUCAGGGAGCACAAUAUUGAUAUAUGGGUAGCUGUUCUCAAAGCUGUUCAGUUCACAUGUCGGAAUUUGGGAACCAAAUAUGCAAAGAAAGUACUGGUCUUAGAUUAUGAAGCAGCUCUUACUGCAAUCCAGAACAUAUGUGUGAGUGAAGAUGAAAGGAGACGGAAUCUGCAGGAAGAUCAGUGGAUCAGAUAUGCAUGUCUAUUAUGUGAUAGGUGUGAAGAGAGAGUCCCCGAAAAUUCCCUCGCUACAAAAAUAUUCUUGUGUGCAGUACGAGAUGUUUUGGAAGGAGCAUUGCAUCCAACAUUUGAUGUCCCUGAUUUAGAAGACUGCUUGAACCUUAUACGUGACCAAAAAAUUCUUAGUGACGACAAAGUGUUGCAGUCCAUAGGCCUUCUGAAAUCAGUGGUCACCCACAAGGUUCUUCUAAUCGACUCAAAGAUUUUGUUAAUUGAUAAUUCAAGGAUAAGUUUGCUAAACAACCUAGUCAGGCUUUCUGUUUAUGACAACCGCACUGAUAUCCUUCAACUGAUGAAACCCUUCUUACUGAAUGAAAUUAGAAAUAUGGAGGACAGAGCCAAGUUAGAUGCAGUAGCAGCAGAUCUUUCAUUCGAGGAGGAGAAGAAGUCACAAUCACAGAAGAAGAAUGAUAAACGAAACAAGAGAACUUCAACGAGCAAGUAUAGCCUCCGUGGCAAGACUGUUGAAUGGUACAGUAAACCUUCUGUCAAACUUGAACCGGAAAGUACAUCGCCAUCGAUGGAAGAAGAUUCUAUGGAACAAGAAGAUGCUCUUGCAAGUGAGAGGGGUCGACUGGAACAUUCAUCCAAUACUCAAAAUCAAGAGGACGCUACCCAAGAUAAUUAUGAUAUGCUAAACAUGCUUGGAGAAGCUUCAUUGUCGGCACUUGGAGGUGCUGUAGCCAAGUACUGUUCAGCUCUUGACAUGACGCUAAAGGCUCUCUUGAGAAUUAAGGUACUCAAAGAAGAUUUGAAGAACAAUAUGAAACCAUUUCAAGCCCACCUGGAACAACAAGUUCCUUCUUCGAUACAAAAUUUGUUUACUGCUUUGGUGUUUGAGGUGAUAGACAAUGACGGAGUCUACAGUUACCUAUUGAGCGAGUUACUUAUUUCCCUAGAAGAAGUUAUUCCCAUGUCUAGUGAUGCUGCUAAGGUAGUUGUGGCCAUCCUUGAGUUUUGGUGUUGUUGGAAAUAUCCAGAAAGAGAAAGUAUGGUUACCCGCCUUUUCACGGUUGUGGGGAAUGAAAGAAUGAGUUGUCGAAAAUGCAGAAGGAUUACAAAUUAUCCAGAGGAAAGUUCGUAUGUUAUUGUUAUGGCUGCAGAUUCAAUCAGACACCUCAAGUGUGCGCUUGAGAGUAUAAAGUUUGUGGACAUACUUAGGGUGAUCCGCAUGGAAUAUCGAAAGUCAUGUGACACUGAAACAGUCGGUUGUGGAGAGUCGAACUUUGUUCAUCAUAUUAUAAGUAGAUGCCCACCUAUCUUCAUAAUUGUGUUAGAAUGGGAGAAGAGUGAAACUAAAAAAGAAAUAUCUGAAACAAUGAAGGCUUUGGACUGGGAGAUAGAUAUCAGCAGGCUAUACGUAGGCUUAGAGCCAAACACUAACUACCGACUUGUAUCAAUGGUUGGUUCUGGUGGAGAAGAAGAACACAUUUGUAUAGCUUAUGAAGAAAACCGGUGGGUCAAUCUCACACGAGAGUCUUUAGCAGGAGAGGAUGUUGGUAACUGGGAGAAUGUGAUCAGAUUCUUUGCAGAAAGGAACCUUCGACCAGAGAUUCUGGUUUAUGAAGCUGUCCAAUCGAAGACCUAGCAAGUGUAUCAAUACAGAGAAACAUAGCAUUGAUGUAUAAAACACUGACAUGUUCUAAUUCAUAAGUUGUGAUCUCUGUCCUAUAAUAGCUUGUCUUUGGAAGCUACAUUUUUAUCUUUACUCAAUUACUCUAAACC